AUGUCUUCUCGCCCUUCAUCCCGAAAUCAUCAUCAUCAACAACAACAACAACAACAACAUCCUCAUUACGAAAAACAGUCAACAGCAACAACCCAAUCUCACUCGAGAUCAAACUCAAGGAGAUCUUCAGUCACCAAUGGACUUAACAAUCAACCAUCAAGCCUACCACCGGACCCAUACUCAUUCUGUAACUCAUUCUGGGGUGAGCAUGGCUACGACGCACUAGGGAACAAGAACAGACACUCCUCAAAACUGCUAGACGAUCUCAGACUAUGGUACAAGGAACGGGCGUCGAUCGAAGAGGAGUAUGCCAAACGAUUGACCAAAUUGACCAAGAACCCACUCUUCGAAAUCCAUCAUCACUCAAACAAUAAUGAACUCGAAGUCGGUGGAAUCAAACGUGCACUAGAAACCGUCAGGGAUACCACCAGACAGAGCGCACAUUCUCAUCUCGAAUUGGCUGGGACGAUCAGGACUGCACUAGAGAAAAAGGUCGCUGAAUUCGUCACCAGGAGAGAAGGUCUCAAGAAAAACCCUCAGGCUGCAAUCGAACGAUUACACAAGAAAAAAACUGAACUGGUCGAACUGACUGAAAAAUCACGAAAGAAGUACGAAGCAAACGCGAUCGCCGUCAACGGAUUAUCAGCUCAAACACAUCUAGUUCAAGGUCGCGAUUAUGAUAAAGUGACUGCGAAAUUAGAGAAAGCUCAACAGAACGUUCAGAUGGAUGAACGCGAAUAUCGUUCACACGUCAAAAACUUGAAGGAAACAACAGCCGAAUGGAAUAUGCAAUGGAAAGGAUAUUGCGAUCUUGUGCAAGAUCUUGAAGAGGAACGCAUCGAUUUCAUUCGAACUUCGUUUUGGGAUUAUGCCAAUGGGGUCUCCACAAUCUGUGUUGUUGAUGAUGAACAAUGCGAGAUUAUUCGAAAAGCUCUGGAGCGAUGUGAUACCGCACAAGAUGUGGCUGAAUUCGUUAGACAGGCUCGUACGGGUAGCGAUAUUUACGUUGCACCCGAAUACGUCAACUAUGCGAGAGGCGAACAAACUCCAUACAAUCGUGCGCCUGCGGUACAUGCUAACUUUAUCAGAUCAUCCAUUCGCAAUCCACGCGCUGUCCCUUCAACCACCAACAUCCAAGAUUUAGCCCAUGCGAUUCGAUCUGGCCCGGCCUCACCAACCGACCCCGUUCUUCCGCCUGCCGCUUCGAGCCGAUCGACUUCCAAAGCGGCAGUCAAGAGGGGAGGAGCCAUCGCCGAUGCCGUUGCAGCCAAUUCAUUUACUAGUAUGGAACCCAAUCCCGGGCUCGUCCCUCGAGCCUCGAUCUCUCGCUCUUCCAUGGGCGCAUCAAUCUCUCGAGCUGCUUCUCCUGCAGAAGCCAUGGCUCAAGUCGUUGGUAGUGGUACGAGCGAUAGUCUGAACAGUCGACAGAGCGUCCAAAGUACUCCUACGGCCUCAUCCGUCGCCCCACCUCAGCAUUUCCAAAACAACCAUAGUAACUCUCAGUUAACCAACCCCCCAAGACAACACUAUGAGCCAAAUGCCUCCAAACAAGAGCCUACCGGACCUCCUCCGCCACCGGCAUCUGCCAAGCCUGCCAACCGUUAUACAUCGGGUUAUGGGAACAAAGAGCCGGCUCACACAGCCAGUGGCUUGCCUGCCCCAUCUAACCGACCGGUCUCUCGGGCUUCAACUAACGGUGGAGUCCAGCCACCAUCGGUCCCUGCAGAAAACGGGCAAGUCGAUCCAUUAGUCGCGGCCUUAGAAAAGCUGCGAUCAACUCCCUCGAUCAGCUCCUUCCGUCGUUCACCUGCGCCUAGCGCGACCCCUGCUCGGGGACGUCAGCAUGAUGAGCAGGAUGGACGUCGGUCAACCUUGGCCCAACCAUUCUUGAAUGGACAGCACAACCGAGCUAGCUCGCCAGCACCGAGUGCCCGCAGGUCGACCUUAGAGCAACCAUCUUCUGCUCAUGACCCUUACAAGCGCUCUCACUCGCCGGCAGUGAGCACUCGUCGAUCGACCUUAGAGCAGCCAUCUUCUGCUCAUGACCCUUACAAGCGCUCUCACUCGCCUGCAGUGAGUACUCGUCGAUCGACCCUGGCCGAGCCCCAGGCUGGUAACAUGUAUCAGCGCUCCAGCUCACCAGGCGGCCAGAGGACGACGCUGGAACAGCCCAGCUCGUAUGAUCCUUAUAAGCGCUCCAGCUCGCCAGCCGUAUCUGCCUCGAUGAUGAAGCCGCCGAGUGACAUGCGCUCGAAUGGUGGCCGGAGCCCAAGCCCGCAGCCUCAUGGCGGAUACAACCGAGGUGGAACGCCGUCCCCGGCACCUUCGAGCUCCGGUCAAGCCCCCAUGUCCUACCAACAACAGCAACAAGCUCGACACCAAAGCUAUGGCCAUCCCACUUCGCAGUCGAUGCCUCUGGGGGUCGCGUUAGAUGCUCGUGGCGGGGUGAUGAACCAGGCUGGGACGGGCGAGCCCUCUAAUAGUCAUGCGACUCCGAAAGCUUACUCAUCCAGCUCUUGGACCCAGCUCACUCAGCUCAUCCAGCUCUUGGAACUCAGCUCUCAGACCCAGCUCAUCCAGCUCACUCAGCUCUCGAAUGCAGCUCAUCCAGCUCUUGGACCCAGCUCACUCAGAUCACUCAGCUCAUCCAGCUCCCAGACGCAGCUCCUCCGGCUCAGUCAGCUCAGUCAGCUCAUCCAGCUCUUGGAACCAGAUCACACAGCUCAUCCAGCUCUUGGACCCAGCUCAGUUGGACCCAGCUCAGCCGGCUUGCGGCCACAGCUCAUUCAGCUCAUCCAGCUGUCAGACCCAGCUGAUCCAGCUCUCAUAAUCAGCUCAUCCAGCUCUCAGAUCCAGCUCAUCCAGCUCUCAGAUCCAGCUCAUCCAGCUCUCAUAUUCAGCUCAUCCAACCUCACUCAGCUCAUCCCCAGCUCAUUCAGCUCUGGGAACCAGCCAGCAACGAUGCCAGAAGAGUUUUCAUUCCAAGCAAACGACAUUAUCGCGAUCACCCAAACCGACCCUGAUGGCUGGUGGCAGGGCGAACUGUUGGACGACUUCAGACGCAAACAGAACUCGGCCAAUGGCAAUGGCGGCAACGUUCUUCCUAGCAAUUUCGUCGACUUGUUGAACUAA